AUGGUCGAGAAGCUCUACGUCACAUACAACCAGGUGCACAAGCACUGCCAGGAUGCGGCACCCAGAAUCCUUGACGAGUUCAAGCCCAACCUCAUGAUCGCCAUCGGUGGCGGUGGCUACGUCCCUGCUCGCAUUCUGCGCUCGUUCCUCAAGCGCGACGGCACACCCAACAUCCCCAUCCAGGCCAUCGGCCUCUCUCUGUACGAGCAGCUUGGCGGCUCAGGCGACUCGGAGGUCGAGGUCCCCGGCACCAAGGUCACCCGCACGCAAUGGCUUGAUUUGUCCUCGCUCGAGAUGGCGAACUUGAUUGGCAAGAACGUGCUCAUUGUCGACGAGGUCGACGACACAAGGACAACACUCGAGUACGCGGUGCGCGAGCUGGAGAAGGAUGUUGUGGAGGCGCAGAAGAAGUCUGGACGCACAGAUGAGAAGACCACGUUCAGCAUUUUCGUGCUGCACAACAAGGACAAGACGAAGAAGGGCACUCUCCCCGAGGAGACACUCAAGGGAAGGUAUCUGGCCGCGCAGACUGUCGGCGAUGUCUGGAUCAACUACCCAUGGGAGGCCAUCGACAUUGACGAGCACGACCGUCUCUCCGCCGAAGCCGAGAAGAAGAAGUCCGCCUAG